GUCUUUUUACUAUUAUCUUUUUUCUUUUUUAUUUAAAAAGCAAGUACUUCAUUACAGUCUACUCUAUACAACUUUACUCUCUUGUAUAUUUGUGUGCUCAUCUCACUUCAUCUCUUUUCAUCAUCAAAUUAAGCCAUGGUUACAACAUUCCGAGUAAGAAAAAUUACAGCCAAGCUCCCAUUGCCUAUCUUUAGGGAAUCCGAUCUACCCGAUAUGGAGAAUAUACAGAGGCAUGCGCCAGAGAUAGAAACAGGCGUUGAAAAAGAGGAAGAGACAGAGCAUCAUUUACAAGCCGCUCUAUCCGCCCAUCAAGUCGCAGUGAGGACGGGUGCUAAAAUUGAAAGUCAUAUUCCUGUCCCUGAUGCAUCUUUUACGAUUGAUAAAAAUGAAUAUGAACAAUUGUAUAACAAAACUCAUAAAGAAACAAGUGCACUAAUACGCUAUUCGUGCACUGUUGAAGAUGUUAUUGGAUGUCCUUACUUUAUGGAUGAAGAGGACGAAAGGUUCUUGAAAGCAUUGAAUGUUGAUCUAUCUGAAGAUGACUUUGAGAAAAUAAUGAAUGAAUUUGAGCAUUUGACAAAGGAUAGUCUAAUACUAACACCUCAGUCUUUGGAUCUACCUGAUUUUACGCAUUUCAUGGAAUCAUCAGUACCUUCUAACUCUCUAUUACAUGCCUUUACUUGUCUUGAACCGAUCUAUGAUCACUGGAAACAACGUAAACUAGCCGUCAACAAAAAUCCUUUGAUACCCCAACUAAAGACUGAUGAUACCAUAAAGAACAGUCAAUACGACCCCUAUGUCUGUUUCCGUCGUCGUGAAAUCAAAUCAGGGCGAAAGACAAGGUUGACCGAUCAGCGAUCUUUGGAAAAGUUACGUCGACUUCGACGUGAUAUGGAGACAGCCAGAACCUUGCUCCAAAUGGUUGUGCGAAGGGAAGAAAUGAAAAAGGAAGAUAUGAUCGUUGAUCACAGCGUGUUUGAUAAAAAAUGUCAAGUGCUUGAGUAUCAAAAACUACUGGGUAUACAAGAGGAUCUCUCGUCAUUGUUGCCCAAAAAGAAAGUUAAACUGUCUUCCACAGAAUCCACUCCUAAGUAUGACAAACCCAUAGAAUAAGUGACAUGAUUAAACCUUUCUCUUUUGUAUAGUGCAAUUAUCAAGAUCCCUAUUGGUAAGCUCAAGACGGAUUAUCCAAUACAAAUUCCUGUAGAAAAGAGUGUAGAACAAUUGGCUAUUGAAUCAGAGCUGAACAAAAGAAAAGCAAUUGAGGAACAAUUUGAUACGAUUGAUUAUGAACCAUUUUUACCCGCUCUACAAUCACAGUUCUAUCAAGCGCUAUCAAAUCAAAAUCCUAUUAGAUAUAGGAAGCGUAUUGGCCGAGGUGGACGACUCUUUAUUGAUCGUGUAGGCUACAGGCAUGUCUUCUCUCCAAGCAUCUUUGAUAAAUACAGGUUUGAUCAAUCUGAUGAAGAAGAGGAUGAUGACCCUAUCGAAGUGGAUGAAAUGGACGACAGGUAAAUGAUUAUAGAAAAAACGGAAAGAUUAAUAAUAACGAAAUU